CGUUGCUAUGGACUGAUACGCGCGAGGGGGCUAGGUUAGCUGGGGAAAAUUUCGUUUCACAGAUACGUCCAAACGGUGAUUCUUGCAGUAUUAUGUUUCUGCUCCUACAUAUUUGCAGACAAGGCGACGACGUGCGACUAUAUACAGAUAAAAGUGAAUACACUCGGUCAUCUUAAGGGCAGUCGUGUCCUUGGCUAUACCAUGGAAAAUGUAACUGAUAUGCAAUCUAAACCUCAAUGGCAACAAAGGGGAAAUGAAGAGAAGGAGGCAGCAGUCCAUGAAGAAAUGAAAAGAAUGAACCAACUUCCUGUAAAUAGCACUUAUGCUGCUCAUCGCCUGCGAGUUCUCAAUAAAAUUCUGCAACUUUUGUCCAUUCAGAGGACUGUCUCACAGGAUAAGGAAUUGGAGUUGCUUUUUGCUGGGCUGCAUCUGUGAAACCGAUUGGCCUGUGCAAUGGCUGGUGACCCUUGAAGUUGUUAAAUGUAAUCAGGUUAAGUUUGUAACUACUUUGUGUGUUGAGUCUUUAAACUUUGAGGAUUGAUCAUUUUAGUUCCUAUAGCUUCAGUUAUAGCUCCUAGUUAUAUUAAAGUACAUUGGAACUAACAAAGUGUUCCAAGUUCUGUGAUGAUGACAAAUUGUUUUUAUUCAUUUGUAACAUAAGGCAAACUUAUAGUUACUUUCUAUUA